AUAAAUCUAUUUACCCCAUUUAUAUUAACCACAAUACUUAUUCUACUUCUACCUAUCAUCAUAUCCAAUACCCAAUUAUACAAAAACAGUCUGUAUCCCUACUAUGUAAAAACUACAGUCUCCUACGCCUUCACCAUCAGCAUAAUCCCAACCAUAAUAUUUAUCUCUUCAGGGCAGGAAGCAGUCAUCUCAAACUGACACUGACUGUCAAUUCAAACCCUUAAACUGUCAUUAAGCUUUAAAAUAGACUACUUCUCAAUCAUCUUUAUCCCCGUAGCACUAUUUGUCACAUGAUCAAUCAUAGAGUUCUCAAUGUGAUAUAUACACUCAGAUCCAUGCAUUAACCAGUUCUUUAAAUAUCUUCUCAUAUUUCUAAUUACCAUAAUAAUUCUAGUAACCGCUAAUAACCUGUUCCAACUAUUUAUCGGCUGAGAAGGAGUGGGAAUUAUAUCCUUUUUACUCAUUGGGUGAUGACAUGGCCGAGCAGACGCGAACACAGCUGCCCUACAAGCAAUCCUUUACAAUCGCAUUGGGGAUGUAGGUUUUAUCAUAGCCAUAGCAUGAUUCCUUACCAACCUAAACGCAUGGGACUUCCAACAGAUCUUUAUCAUCCAACAUAAAAACUUAAACAUCCCUUUACUAGGACUCCUAUUAGCAGCCACAGGUAAAUCUGCCCAAUUCGGUCUACAUCCAUGACUACCAUCAGCCAUAGAAGGCCCAACCCCCGUCUCCGCUCUACUCCACUCAAGUACAAUAGUCGUAGCCGGAGUCUUUUUACUAAUCCGCUUCCACCCACUUAUGGAACAAAACAAAACCAUACAAACCUUCACCCUAUGCUUAGGGGCCAUCACAACCCUGUUCACAGCCAUCUGUGCUCUCACACAAAACGACAUCAAAAAAAUUGUUGCCUUUUCAACCUCAAGCCAGCUGGGCCUAAUAAUUGUAACCAUUGGAAUUAACCAACCCUAUCUCGCAUUCCUACACAUCUGCACUCACGCAUUCUUUAAAGCCAUAUUAUUCAUAUGCUCAGGAUCAAUUAUUCACAGCCUAAAUGACGAACAGGACAUUCGAAAAAUAGGCGGAUUAUAUAAACCAAUGCCCUUUACCACCACCUCCCUCAUUAUCGGAAGCCUCGCAUUAACAGGUAUACCCUUCCUAACAGGUUUCUAUUCCAAAGACCUAAUCAUCGAGACAGCCAACACGUCGUAUACCAACGCCUGAGCCCUACUAAUUACUCUCAUUGCCACAUCCCUUACAGCUGCCUACAGCACUCGAAUUAUAUUCUUUGUACUCCUGGGACAACCACGAUUCAACGCCUUGAACCUAAUCAAUGAAAAUAAUACCCACCUCAUCAACUCCAUUAAACGUCUCUUAAUUGGAAGCAUCUUUGCAGGAUACCUAAUCUCUUAUAAUAUCCCUCCAACAACCAUCCCACAAAUGACUAUACCCUAUUACCUGAAACUAACUGCUCUUGCCGUGACUAUCACAGGCUUUAUCCUAGCAUUAGAACUCAACCUCGCGACCAAAAACUUAAAAUUCAAAUAUCCCUCAAACCUCUUCAAGUUUUCCAGCCUUCUAGGGUAUUUUCCAACUGUAAUACACCGCCUCCCAUCAAAAAUAAGCCUAACUAUAAGCCAAAAAUCCGCAUCGAUACUACUAGACACUAUCUGACUAGAAAAUGUAUUACCAAAAUCCAUCUCCUACUUCCAAAUAAAAAUGUCAACUACCGUAUCUAAUCAGAAAGGACUAGUUAAACUCUACUUCUUAUCUUUCAUAAUCACCUUAACCCUUAGCCUACUCUUACUUAAUUACCACGAGUAA